UUUAUCAUUUUCAUUAGGUAACGUGAGUUCGCGUGCAUGAGUGGUGGCAGCGAUGACAGUUAUCACUUUAAUUAAGUAAACUGUAAAUGUUACGCCUUAAUUAAAAUGAGCUCCGACGCUCUACUCAGUUAAUUUAGCACGGUCCCAUAUCUGUUACUUUACCUGUAUGACUCAUACUUCUUGCCAAUUAAGUACAUAUCAAUUUGUAAACAUUGUUAUCCUUCUGUCAGCCAGACCUAAUCGAAGGACCAAAGGGAAAAGUAAUCAUGUACACACGUUCAUCGGGAGGAGGAGCGGAGAGUGUGUUGACAGAUCCUUGAAGCCUGUUAUCGGGGUGAGUGAGUGGCGAGUCUAAUGGAUGAGAAAAUAUGGUGUGACCAGCUGUCUAAAAGCGACCGCUUGUAGACUAGACGUGGCAGUGGUGGCGUAGACUCAAAACGUCACUCUUCCCCCGGAGUUACAGCUAACGAAAAAAGUUACAGAAGUAGGAAACUGCAUGCGGUCAUAAGAACUGUCGGGGAUUUUGUCUCUCAGGAGGUUACCCAUCAUGCUCCUAGACGUGAAUACGAAGGGAGAGACCGACAAGAAAAAGCCGAAGUCAACGGGUGAUUCUGAGUCUCCCAGUGAUGUGAGAAAAGUGUAUUUCGAGAGGGAGAAUAAAGGGCUCUUCCUCUUCUUUACCAUGUUCGGGCUGUAUGCCGUGAAGAACGUAAAGGGACAAUACAUGGUCAGUAAGCCAAAGUUUAUCUUCUUCUACCUGAACUGGAUCACUUACCCGCUGGGUGGCCUUUUCCUGGCCACCAAAGCCGGGUACUGGGUGAACCCUGGCGAGAUGAUAUUCCCGUGUUUCAUGCAAGACACACUGGUGGUGUUAGCUCUUGCUGUAAUCCCUUCGCUGCAGGCUUACUCCCUCAAGUUUAUCACUAAGAGCUUACCGGAGAUCCUGGAGACAAUUUCUGAGCUUAGCCCUGUGGAAGUGGGUUUUGAGACACCGAUGAAUGUCCUUAAGAAUCUGAGUAAGAAAGCGGGUAAGCUAAAGGCAGCGACUGAUAACAAACAGAUUCACCCAGAUCGACUGUUCAACUGGCUGCCCCGUGCGAUGGUUCUCUUCUCUAUGACUGUGUUCCUCGCCGUCUGCUCCACGGAGUAUCUCAGGGAAUUACACUUUGAGACGCUAGACAAGGAAGUGCCGAUCCUAGUUGUCCUGUUUGUGUGCCUCACGUUCCCUUUCCUGACCACCAUUUUCAUCGCCGUCUUCACUAGGUGGCUAAAACUAGUGUACCGGGCACUGCACCGGCACUGCAAGGAGGCGAUGCCAACCUUUGACGUGAAUCAAGUGCUGACCCUAUGCAAUUACGUGGACACACUCCAGAGGUUAUUUGUCCUGCUGGAUGACGGGUUCUUCAGAUACACUUUAUCCAUGAACGCCACGACCGUGACAAUAGGGGCGUCUAUCUGCACGGCCAGACUCAUGAUGGACUACACCCAGAUCGUAUACCUCGGCCCCCUCGUGCUGCAUUGCAUCAUCCUGGGCAUUGAGUGUGAGGCGGGGGAACGGCUGAUGGCACAGUACGAAGACUUGGUGGCGUGGCUGAAGAGAGAAAUUCGUCAUCAGCAGAUCCCUGCUGCCCUCCUCUCCACCUCUUCCUUCUCCUCCUACCCUCUUCUGCACCUACGGGACAGCUUACUGGAGUGCCCACCUCAGAUCACUACGCUGGGAGGAUACAGACUCAACAGAGGGUUCUUGGUUACCUGUCUCGGCUUCGUCCUCUCCUACGCCACCAUUGCAAACCAGGUCGGGUACAGGAGACUUUCAUCUAACCUAGAGCUCCCCGCCGGCCUGGGUAACCUGACGUCUUAUUAGCGUUUCUUUACCUGCCAGGAUGAGGAGUUUUGUUCCUAUGCCUGCAAUGUUAAAAAAAAAAUAUCAUGGCCUGUGAAUUGAUCUGAUCUGCCCUAUCAAGCGAGUGCCUAGGCCCUAGACAUACCCCUGGCAAUAUGAAAGAUACCAUUAUUAUACAUGCAGUCUUAAUCCUGA